AUGUUCAUAGGGGGACUUAAUUGGGAAACAACCGAUCAAUCGCUUCAUGAUUACUUCUCACAAUUCGGCGAAGUUCAAGAAUGCACCGUCAUGCGAGACAGCGCCACAGGCCGCUCUCGAGGCUUUGGAUUUUUGACAUUCAAGGACCCCAAGACAGUCAACACCGUGAUGGUAAAGGAACAUUUCUUGGAUGGGAAAAUUAUCGACCCCAAGCGAGCGAUCCCCCGAGACGAACAGGAAAAGACAGCCAAGAUAUUCGUGGGCGGAGUCAGUCAAGAUGCCACCGAAGAAGAUUUUGAGGGCUUUUUUGCUCAGUUUGGGCGGGUCAUCGAUGCCACCCUCAUGAUGGACAAAGACACCGGCCGACCGCGAGGCUUUGGAUUCGUGACCUUUGACAGUGACGCUGCCGUAGAGAAAUGCCUGCAGUACCACCCGCUCGAGAUUCUGGGGAAGCCUAUCGAGGUCAAGCGCGCACAACCAAGAGGCAAGAUGGGUGAAGAUGACGAUUACGGUCGUGGUCGUGGGAGAGGCAAGUUCGGGCGCGACGACCGCUUUAGUACUGACACCACCCAAGCUCCGCAAAACCCCCAGGCUCAAACUCCAAGCAUGAUGGCCGGCACCACUGGGAUGACCCCUCAGAUGAUGGCGCAAUAUUGGCAAAGAAUGCAGCAAUACUUUGCAAUGAUGCAGCAGCAGAUGGCGGCCAACAUGAUGGGCGGCAUGGGCGGCAUGGGCGGCAUGGGCAAUAUGGGCAUGAAUCCCCAGAUGAUGGCGCAAAUGCAAAUGCAGCAACAGCUGCAGAAAAUGCAAGGUGCAAAUAGCCCUAAUGCUCAGAACGUCGGCGGCAUGCAAGGCAUAACUCCUCAAAUGAUGCAACAGAUGAUGCAGAUGCAACAGGGUGGGAUGAACAUGGGGGCAAAUCGACCACCGAUGGGCCCCGCCAGUGUGGCAGGAGGGCCGCGAGCCGGCUUUUCGGCACAAGAGCAGUUGGCAUUUGAACAACAAAAGUACGAACAGCAGCAACAGGUACGUCGUCAGGGCGGCUUUCCGCAAGGUCCUCGCGGCGGCGGCUUUCAAGGCCAGGGGCAAAGCGGGCCACAGUCGUGGGAAGGAAUGUACGACGACGUUCCCCAGCCAGAAGGAAAUGUCGGUGGCAGAGGCUCAGCCGGGCCGGUUCGCCAACACACGCCAAAACCGCCCAAGGGUCCCGGUGGUGCCUCUCCAGUGAGCGCAGCUCCGGCCAAUGCGCCCACUGGGCCCAAGAAUGCCGGCAAGCCAGGAGCAAAUUUCAGAGGAGGUAGAGGCCGAUACCAUCCAUAUGGAAGGUGA